AUUUCUGAAAAAAUUUAGGGCUUUUCUGAAAAAAUUUAGGGCUUUUAGAGUUGGAAUUUCUGAAAAAAUUUAGGGCUUUUUUGUUUUUUUGUAAUUUUGUAUGCUCUGUUCUUGAUAAAUGAUCUAUAGAAGUAAAGAACAUCUGUCCAUGUCCAAACCUUUAUUUGACCUAAGGUGAUUUUCACUGAAAAAAAAGAAAGAAAAAAGAACCACAUGAAAUUGCAUUGGGCACAAUUACUUCAAACGUAAUACAUGUGUGUGGUCCAAUCCGAUUUUACAUGUGUAUAUACUUGAACAAUCAAAAGUUUCCUGAAUGAAAAAAUGGUCUGUUCUUGUGUGUUUGUUUCCUUUGUCGAUACUUCCCUCCUCAGAUUUUUAGGCAAACAUAUUUAUAAUCUUAUCUCUCAAUUUCUCUGUUUCCUUAAUUAUGACAGAAGUAAGCCCUAUAAUUUCUGUCCAUUGUAGCCCUCUAGGCACCAGAUAGAAAUAACAGAGACAACCAGACAGAUUCAUACAUUUAUUUAUUACACAUCAUUUCUCGUAGAGAAUUCUCAAUAAAUAUUUCAUCUUUGUUUAGUGUCAUUGCCAAGUUGCACUUGGCACAGUAGUUUCAUCAUAAGAGGUACCCCAUUGUUGACAAUUAUUUAAGAUGUCAAUUAUUAUUUUUUUGUUAGGAAUAGAUUCUGUUUGAUAAAAUUAUGUGUUAUGUCUGCUAUGGUUCACAAAUAUACAGUAUAUAAAGUAAACAGAGAGCUUGAGUUGUGGCAUUCACAUGUAAGCUCUGAUCUUUUUGGCUUUAAUUGAUCGAACGUUUUGCAGAUAGAGCUGGCACAGGAUACUACCACAGAUUGGACCCUCAACGGGUACGGGUAAGGUUGCUGGUAGAGCAACAACAUACAAUUAAAAUUGUUCCCAGUAUUGUUAGAAUGGGUUGUUAUAGUUUAUUGCUUUCCAUAACCAAACAAAGAAAGUACAAAUUCAUGGGAAAGUUUUUAAAUUUAAUUGUUAAUAUUUAGAAAGUUUCUCAUUAAUUUACAAUUAUUUUUUCCCCUAUAACUUUUUUUUUUAAUUAGUUAUAUAAUAGACUAGAAUUUCAUUCACAAUUGUCUUGUUUCUGUUUUUACUAAUGUUGUUUUUUCCCAGGUUUAUGUUCAUUUUUUGUUUGCUGCUUUUAUUCUCUGUUUCUUCCAUGUAUGAUUGUUUGUAUAUUUAUCUGUCUAAACAGAAGCCUCAUCUUUGUUCUGGACAUUCUCUUAUUUCAAUAAAUUAGCAACUAAAUAAUAAAUAUAUCUGUUAAAAGAUCAAAAGUUAAAACAUUUUGACAAAGGCCCAAUUCAUUUACAAAAGUUUCCUGAAUGAAAAAAUGGCCUGUUCUUGUGUGUUUGUCCAAUCCGAUUUUACAUGUGUAUAUGCUCUGUUCUACAAUGCUGAAUAACAGAUAGAAUAGGUUUUUAUGAGCCCACUACAAUGUUGGUUUCAAAACUAAAUUGGUUUCUCGAGGGCUGACUGUUUGUGUUGUAUUGUCUAUGUAGAUUUAGAAAUGGCUUCUUCUUCUAAUGACAACAGCAACAUAAGAUUAAAACCGAGAAUGUGCAAUUGUGGAAGAACAGCUGCCAUACAUAUCGUAAAAACUAAUGAGAAUGGAAAUAAAGGGCGUUUGUUCUUUGUUUGCCCAUCAAAAUAUACUGAAAAUCCCAAUUGCAAUUACUUCAAGUUCGUGGCUGAAGAUGACGAAGAUGUGACUUCCACAAUCCGUUCCAACACUAGAGCUUCUGAUGGUGUUACAGUAGAAGACUUUAACGAGCUGAGGAGGAGGCUGUAUGACGUGGAAAAUGAACAUGGCGCUAUGGUCGAAGGCUUCGAUGGGUGGAAAAUAUUUUGA